AUGGCAGAAAGAGGACAUGCCUUAAAAUAGGACAUUAGCAAAUUAGCAUGGGAAGAAACCGAUUUUCCGAUUGUCUGCAAUGUUUGUCUAGGUGAGAACCCUUAUAUUCGAAUGCUUAAAGAUAGAUUUGGAAGAGAGUGCAGAAUCUGUGCAAGACCAUUCACUACUUUUAAAUGGAAGCCUGGACAUAAUUCAAGAUAGAAAUAGACUGAAAUUUGUUAGACCUGUGGAAAAAUCAAAAAUAUUUGUUAGGCCUGUUUCAAAGAUUUAGAAUUAAAUAUGGGAUUGUGCACAAGAGACAAAUUUUUGGGCGAUGAAAAGAUUGAAAUACCUGAACACACAGCAAAUAGAGAUUACUGGGCUGAAUAAGCAAAUAGACAAAUAGAGAGAUUAAUUUUACCAUAUGAUAAACCUUUGCCGAUGUUAGAUUAAAUCUUGAAAGAACCAAGAUUAGCAGAAGUCAAUUAGCAAUUGAAUGAUGGAAAACUAGAACCAGCUAAUCAAGUUGUUUGUGAACCUUUGCAAAAUCCCAUAGAUGCUGAUUUACUUUACAAGGAGAAGUUUGAACCUAAAGGACUUAUUGCCCCUGAUGACCCUAAAAUAUGCAGUCUCUAUAUUUCACAUAUGAGUGCAGAAAUCAAAGAAUCAGAUCUAAAACACUUAUUUUCAAAGUAUGGAAAAGUAAAUUCAAUUAAAAUUAUGGAACAUGGACAAAGUUGCUUUAUUCAAUUUGCUAAAAGAACAGAUGCUGAAAAUGCAGUUAAUAGUCUUUAUAAUAAUAUUAUUAUAAAGGAUGUUAUAUGUAAAAUACAAUGGGCUAGAGCUCCUUAUAAAAAAAUGCCUAUUCAAAAUCUCAUUUAACAGUUGUAACCUGAUACUAAUAAAAAUGCUAGUGCACCUCAAAUGCCUCCUAAAAAUAUUGAAAAUAAGCAACAAUCUGAAGAUAAGUAUUAAUACACCUCUUCAAUUAGUAUUUUGAUUGGUUUACUGGAAUCCCAAAUGAGCUAUCCUAAUUAAAAUCCAUACUAGAAAGGAGGAGUAAAUAUUAAAGAUUUAUGA